AUGGAGAUUGGGUGUUUAGCGAAGCGAGUGACUGAUCCGCUGGCACCACAGCACUCACAUCUGCACUCCCCUUCCAUCCUCACCCAGAUUGGCAACUCCUCGAUUCGCCGCAUAAAGAAACGCAGUCAAAAUCCAACUUUAAACAACCUCAGGAAAAGGAAGAAGAAGAAGAAGAAGAAGAAGAAGAAGAAGGAGGGUUCUUAG